UUGAACAUGGAAUUCAAUCCUUCAGAUCAUCCUCGGGCCAGCACAAUAUUCCUCAGUAAAUCUCAGACGGACGUGAGAGAAAAACGCAAGAGUCUCUUCAUUAACCAUCAUCCUCCAGGACAAAUAGCAAGGAAAUACAGCUCCUGCUCCACUAUUUUCCUAGAUGAUAGCACAGUCAGUCAACCAAACCUCAAGUAUACAAUUAAAUGUGUAGCUCUUGCAAUAUAUUAUCACAUCAAAAACAGGGACCCAGAUGGAAGGAUGCUCUUAGAUAUUUUUGAUGAAAACCUUCACCCUCUUUCGAAAUCCGAAGUGCCACCAGAUUAUGACAAACACAACCCAGAGCAGAAGCAGAUUUACCGGUUUGUUCGGACACUGUUCAGUGCUGCUCAGUUGACGGCUGAAUGUGCCAUUGUCACCCUGGUAUACCUUGAAAGACUUUUAACGUAUGCAGAGAUAGAUAUCUGUCCAGCCAACUGGAAGCGAAUUGUUUUAGGGGCGAUCCUGCUGGCCUCCAAGGUGUGGGAUGACCAGGCCGUGUGGAAUGUGGAUUACUGCCAGAUCCUGAAAGACAUCACAGUGGAGGACAUGAAUGAGCUAGAGCGACAGUUUCUUGAAUUACUCCAGUUCAACAUCAAUGUUCCUUCCAGUGUUUAUGCCAAGUAUUAUUUUGAUCUUCGCUCUCUGGCAGAAGCAAACAACCUGAGCUUUCCCUUGGAGCCCCUGAGCAGGGAGAGGGCUCACAAGCUAGAGGCCAUUUCUCGCCUCUGCGAGGACAAGUACAAGGACCUGAGAAGAGCCACAAGGAAGCGGUCAGCAAGUGCUGACAAUCUGACUCUGCCGAGGUGGUCCCCGGCCAUCAUCUCCUAACCGCGGAGGGCCCGCGGGAGGCCGCGCCAUCCCUCAGUUUCUCCUUUAGUUUGAGAAAAGACAGACUUGGGGUGGGUUUUUUUUUUCUUUCCUUUUCUUUUUUAACUCAUAGCUCCGUCAGGCCGUCUUGAGGCCGCCUCCCCACCGUGUGGCCUGCACACCGCAAGGCUUCGAGGGACACAAUUCAGUCUUCUGGAAAUCCCGUGCCACGCCUUUCCCCAUGGUCGGUAACAGCACUUCCUUCGUGGAGGACACAGACUCUAAUCGUGGAGGAGGAGAUGAAGGAAAAGGGAAGUUGUGGAGAGGCAGGGAAAACAGCUCCAUGGCUGGCCACUCAGUCGCCGGUGUGCAGUGGAGAACUCGCUGGGACACAGCAGUGGCUGGCAGGGGCCGGAUGUGCAUUGAAGACGGGAGUGCUGCCUUCGCCCCGCAGGCAGUGUGCCCUGUAAGACUUCUGCAUUCCUUCUUGCUGCUUUUUGGGGAUCUGGGGGACUUUUGUUUGUUUUUAUCCUGUUUGGGUUUUGGUCCCACAGGGCAGAGACUAUAGUUUGUACCCACCCUGGCACAGACAUCCAAAUAAAUAGUACUGGUUGUUUCUCUCUGCACUAUUUUUGCGAGCUGUCUUCUGGGCUUUCUUCCUCACCAGGGGGAUGUGCUUGUUACAUUUCUGUACACCUUUAUUUGAUACCGUUUUUCUUCAACAAUGGCAAAAUUAACUUGACUGUAGUGCUGAACCAAAAGUAUCCCUUUCCCUCCUUAUUCCUCACCCCAAGAAAAUUCUAGAUCACAUGGGUGCUUGUGCCUUCCGAUUUUCUUGCAGUUGUUUUUUUUUUUUUUCUCUCUGACCUGAAGUUGUAGUUACAAAAUCAGUCAG